AUGCGCGCGCUCAAGUCGGUCUGGACGUCAGUCCUCGUGUGGAUCGUGCUCUGGGCUCAGAUCCAUGCUUCGCGUGCAGUCGCAACCGAUGAGCUAAAUCACCAUAACAAAAACGACGGAUCCUUUGCAAAAGUUCGAAGACGAGCUGAACCCUUGCCGAAGAUAGGAGCGGGUGGUUUUGGAACGAUUCGCGGUAUUGGAGCAAGCGGCGCUAGCGGUACAGAUGCUAAUGGUGCUCCUACUGACGGAAGUACACAAAAUUCGCCAGCCGAGUCUUCCGCCCCAGCAGAAAGUGCACCUGCUCAACAACGCAUGCUUCGACGAACGUCUGCUUCUGAUGCGCAAUUGGCUCGAGUCACUGGUGGCGUCGACCAGAGAAACGCAGCCGAUCCACCUGAUGCUAGCCAUGAACAGAUGGACAGGUUGCUGGAAGCUGUGAUCAUGCCCAAGGAUGAGAGACAUCAUGCUGGUAGUUUCAAAGUCGCAGAAGAAGGCGCAUCCUCAUCGUCGUCUCCUACGUCCGCGUCAACUGAUUCCUCGAGUCGUCGGGGAAGAGUUCAUGGAAAGCGAGCCCCUUUACCAUUGACGAUGGGCAGAUUGGGCAGUAUGCUCGGCGGUGGAGAACUGGGUGGCCUUAGUAGCUUCAUGCCAGGCGCAGGAGGAAGCAGCGGAGGCCUGGGUGGCCUUAGUAGCUUUAUGCCAGGUGCAGGAGGAAGCAGCGGGGGACUAGGUGGCCUUAGUAGCAUUAUGCCAAGUGCAGGAGGAAGCGGUGGAGGAGUUGGCGGCCUCAGUGGGAUGCUGCCCAGUGCAGGUGGAGUUGGAGACAGCAGCGCUGGUGGCAGCAUCGAGGCAGGAGGGGGUUCACGUGGAGGCUGUCCUCCAUUGUAUCUCAUCUUUGCUCGUGGCACAACCGAGAUCCAAGGGACGUUCGGAAUCGUGGGUCGACCCCUCUGUACGGGUCUACAGCAACAGAUUCCCGGUACUCAGUGCUACGACACGGUCUACUCGUCCGACAUGGAUUACUUUAUGUCUCCAUCACAAGGGGCUCAGACCGCAUCGGGUUACAUGGCCAGCGUCUCAUCGCGCUGCGCUUCGACCAAGUUUGUGCUCGGUGGCUACUCCAAGGGAGCCAUGGUGGUGCACUUGAUCAAGCAAGCGAACAAUGUGGUGGGCGCAGUAACGUUCGGCGACCCGUACAAGAUGCAGGCGGUACCGACGACUCGUAAUUGGAAGCUGUUUUGUAACCUUGGCGACCCAGUCUGCGAGAACGGCAUGAACGUCAUGUCGCACUUGUCGUACGCCGGAGAAGUCGGUACAGCCGUGUCGUUCUUGGUGCAGGCAUAUCGGUCGUCUACUGGUGGCAGUAGUAGUAGCAGCAGCAAUAGCGGCGCAAGUGCAAGUGAUGCUGCGGGUGCCGGUGGGGCAUCCAGCGGGCUCGGUGGUCUUGGUGGCCUCUCAAAUCUGGGUCUCAAGAAACGUGUCUCCAAAUCCUCCUCCGACCGAUCUCAUCACCACCAACGUAGCCGGCGCCAUUGA